ACGAGGGAAGUUUAGCCCUGUCACUUUAUUCAAUCAGCUGGGGUGACAACCUGAACAUAACCAACAGCGUCAGGUCUUCUCCUUGAGCAUUUGAACCGUCAGGUUGUCUACAAUGCCGAAGUAUUGUUCUGCCCCAAACUGCAAGAAUGACUCUGGAAACACAACGACAGAGAAGAAAAGCUUCUAUAAGUUCCCCUUACAUGACCCGGGCAGGCUGCAGAGUUGGUUGAAAAAUAUGGAUCGUGAAGACUGGAGCCCGUCACGGCACCAGUACCUCUGUCACGAGCACUUUCUGCCGACCUGUUUCACUGUACGCUGGGGCAUCCGCUACCUGGACAGCAGUGCUGUUCCGACCAUUUUCGAUUUGUCUGGCAACAAAGGAAAACGCAAAGGAGUAGACCACUUUGAAAGACGAGCCAAGCGUACGCGUAGCAGUGGUGAGAAGCCGAUGGCACUGGCCACUCCGUCAGAUCCCGAGCCCUCAACCCCUGGCGCCUGCUCAGGCCAGGACACCCCAGCGAGCACCAUGCAGCUUUACACCAUCUCCGUCACCCCUGACCAGCCUGGAGAGGCUGUGCUGCUGGACCCCAGCAACAUCAGGAGUGCCAUGGGGUCUCUUCAGACGCCUGGGCACCUGCCUGUGCUGGAGGCGGCUCCAGCUUUGAGUGGGGACUUCCCUGUUGCAUUUAGGCCGACAGUGAGGGGAUCAAAUAUGGCUGCCGGGGGGGAGCCCAGCGAUGUUGUGGACACUCCCUCAGCCCCUGUGGAGGAUGUGGAGGCUGAUGGGAUUGUAGGAGAUAUGCUAUCUGAGGGGCAGAGAACAACAGCAGCGCCAGACAGUGUAUGCAGCAGCCAGGCCUCUCCAGAACCCACAGAGCUAACAAUCGACAAUGUGUCCACUGUUGAAGUGGAGGAGCUGGCCGAGGUAUUCCAAGAGGAGGAGGAGCCCGGGGUCCAGCUCAUCGCGUACUUCGAGACGAUCCCUAACGUGCUAGCCAGCGGCCCAACCGCUCUGGUCAACAUCCCGCCCGACACUGUGCUCUCAUCCUCCCUUGGGUCGCGGCCCAUAGUGUCCACUGUCCCUAUCGUGUCCAAGCACAUGCCUCCCUCUCCGGACUCCCUGGUUCUGACACUGGAGCGGCUGGAAGAUGAGAAGGAUGAUGGGGAUGGGCUCUCUGAGAAUGGGGUGGAACUACAUGGAAAGCGACUGGAAGAACAUCGCUACCACAAGAACAGCCUGAGCAAGGAGCAGCUGGAGGCGAUCGUCAUCGAGCUGCAGAAGAAGGUGAAGGUGCUGCAGCAGAGGCACCGGCGCCACCUGGACAAACUGCUGGGGCUGGAGACCACAGUGAGCCAGCUCAGGCAAACAAACCUGGUCAAUGAGGAGAGGCUCCAGCUGCUGGAGAGGGCUUACCUUCAGACCAGCGAGGCAGUCACCGAGGCGGGCGAGACUGUGGCCAUCAUCUAUGGGGACGACAACACAGCCUACCUUUACGCCCAGCAGAAGACAGAAGAGGAGGAAGUGGACCAGCACUUAUAAAAUGACACUGGCACAGUUUUCUACACUGUAAUACUCUGUGAUGCACAAUCCUCAAAAAUAUCAUGAAAUGUACAGAUAGAAAUGCUACAAGGAAUAUUAUGUAUUAGUUAUGUUUUGAUUCGUUAAUAGUUAUGAUUAAAAUCCUCAAAUUUCCCAUUUGAUGGCAAUGUGCCCAUAUAUUCUUUUGCUACCCUUAAGCACUUGCACCAACCUCUUUGCGGAACAGCAUAGUCUCAAUGGAAAUAAAGUAUGCACAGGCUGAAUAUAUAUAUUUUGCACCUUUUGUUACUCUUGCUGUUAAAAAGAUAUAAUCUCCAGAUAUGACUAUUGUGGAGUGGAAUAUUUUGUGAGCCUGCACAGUUGGUAUUCUGUGUUUUCUGUGAGUAAUGAACAUGUAUUUUUUUGUUUUACUCUCAACAACUCUUCCCUUUUGCUUUGUUGUGAAUGAAGUUAGAAUUAAAAGCAGAAGAAUACA